AUGUCGGAAGAAAUUGCAGAUAUUCCUAUGGAAACAGAGGUUGAUGAGCAGGAGUACGAUGCAGAGAAGAUCACAUUGUUGCCUGGCUCUUCCGAGGACGGAACUGCUGCCUCGUUCCAGAUCUUGGAUGAAGACCAUACUGUUGGUAACGCAUUGAGAUACAUGAUUAUGAAGAACCCCGAGGUGGAGUUCUGUGGUUACUCGAUUCCUCAUCCAUCUGAGAAUAAGUUGAACAUUCGUAUUCAGACCUAUGGAAACAUCACAGCAUUGGAGGCUUUCCACCAAGGUUUGGACAACUUGUCUGAAUUGUGUACUCACGUGGAAGAGACGUUUACGGAGAAGGUCGAGGCCGGUGGCUACCUGACGGUUGAGCCUUAA